AUGGAAAAACCGAUUGUUAGAUUUUACACUAAGUCAAAGAUGCCGCGGCUGCGAUGGGCCACUGAUCUCCAUCACUAUUUUGUUUAUGUUGUUCAACGACUCGGUGGUGAAAGAAAAGCAACUCCUAAGAAGAUUGUGCAGGCCAUGGGUGUGAAAAGUAUCACACUGUCGCAUGUGAAAAGCCAUCUCCAGAUGUAUAGGAACAAGAAGAGAAGAGAGUCAGUACAAGCAGAAAGGAGAAUGAGACAAGAAAUGAGGUGGCGGCAAUCUCAACAACACCUUCAAAUUUAUGAACGCCUUCGAGACGCUACCAAGUUUACGCAAAAUCAACUAAGGCUAAGCGAUAAUAAAGAAAAAACAAUCUCAUUUCUGAAACCAUGUAAUAAAACUGUGGAGGUCGGACAUGCUGACGAUGGUGUGGUUGCUGCUGGCGAUGCUGCAAAUACUCGUUUAAACUCGACAGGAGUUUUGAAGGGUGAAGAGAAAUUGUCCCUUGGACUCACUCUUGGUCUCAAAUACUAA